AUGCAACCGCAUCGAAUCCUUCUUUUCGCAGGCUCUCUCAAGCUCCCUCAGGCGCCACCGAAGUGCCACGACGUCCUCCUUGGACUCCGUGCUCUCCGUAGCGAAACGGCGCAAGCCCUCCUCCAGACGGCAAGCCUCCCGCGACAACUCCUGCUCCCGGAGCUCCAGCAGCUGCUCCUUCUCCCUGAAGCCCUCACGCACGUUGACCUCGAUCUCGCGCAGCUUCUGGGUGAGUCGGCGCGCGUGGUCCUCCUUCACAAGCUCAAGGCUCUCCUGCAGGCUCUCGACCUGCUUUCGCAGGAUGCGGUGGCCCUCCAGGAGGUUCCCCCGUUCCUUCUGUAG